UGGCCGCAAACAAAAGUGUCACUGCAAUUUGUGCUAAUUACAUAUUUGCCCAUCCACAUUCUGUUAUCACAACUUGAUCCUUAAAUUUUGGAAUGUUAUGUUGCGACCUACUAUUAUACUAUGAUUAAUUGCCACGCUAUCCUGGAAAAAUUCAUAACGACCCAUAUACCCUUCCUCGCUCUAAACCCCUCCUCGACCUCCGUAGAUUACAGAGGUUGCAAUCUGGGUUUCAAAUCAAUGAUGGUACCUUCAAGAAACAUUCUCAGAAUUCCGUUAAGGUUAACGGCCGCAGCCGUGUUUCAGUGCCUCAAACCCAACGAGUCACCCUCAAUUUCUAGCCAUUUCCCUCCGCCAAUUUCCCGCGUUCAACGAUUCUCGGCAGAUUCGGCGACCACCGAAUCACCGCGGCCAACUCGGUGCUCCGAGUUGACCCGGGUGGCUACGCUUGUCGACGGCUGCGACUACCAGCACUGGCUCGUGGUUGUGGAGCCUCCAGAGGGAUACCCAGAACGAAGCCAAAUUGUGGACCAUUUUAUCACAACCCUUGCAUUGGCAUUGGGAAGUGAAGAGGAAGCAAAGAGAUCAAUAUACUCAGUUUCUACCAAAUAUUACUAUGCAUUUGGUUGCAAAGUCUCCGAAAAUUUGAUUCACAAGGUCAAAUCCUUAUCCAAUGUGAGAUGGGUUCUUCCGGACUCUUAUUUUUGUCAUAUGGAAAAUGACUAUGGAGGAGAACCAUUUGUUGAAGGUGAGGUAGUUCCGUAUGAUGAGAAGUACCAUGCAGACUGGUUACGAGAUAAAAUGGAUGAUAAAUAUCAAAGCACAACUCGCUCAAGGAAAUCCAGGAGAAAAGAAAGGAAAAGGAUGCAUGGAGUAGAAACUUUGGAAUGUACUAGAAGUUAACCUCCAUGAAGCAGAAGAUGUGACAGUUAGCCUCCAUGAGGCAGAAGAUGACACCCAAACCUGAAAUCUGAAUGAUCGGGAAUUCCUUUCCAAUCCUAUAUAUCAACAAAUGGGGACACCGGGAGGGAAGAGAUAAAGCACCCCUCUUACUAUUAUAUCCAGUAAAAAGCCUUCUGUACUUUAUCCUUCACUCCAAAAUGUGUAUCCUCCUUUCUUUAGGAUUUUUAUCAAUUUUAGGCUCACCUGGCUGCGGACAAAGAGAGUAUACAGUCAGUCACCUUAGUAUAAGGCAAGAAGUUUUCUCCUCCAGUCCAAUCAAACAUUACAAAGUUACUGUGAAAGAAAAUUGGGUAAGUGCUUUCGUUAGCAAAGGGCAUGGAUUCUAAUAUUCUAUUUAUAGUUGGAGGACACGUAGCUCUAGAAGAAGAGUUACUGAUGUGCUUUCUACCAAGAUAAUGGGAAAGCUUAUGCUAGGAGAAUGGAAUCGCAAGAUUGGUUGCUGAAGUAUACGAACCACUUGGAAAUGUUCAUGACUCAUUAGGGUGCAUCUAUGAUGUUUGGCAACAAAACUGCAUUUGCUUACUGUAGCAAAUUCAAAAGCGAAGCAUUUGAGGUGUAGAACCGCUUUGAAGUGUUUAUCCAUGAUGUUUGGCAACAAAGCUGCAUUUGCUUGCUGUAGCAAGUUUAAAAGAGAAGCGUUUGAGGUGUAGUACCGCGCUUCAAGCAUGUACUCAAAACAGUAUUGAUGGUAUGCCACAUUUGUACGACGAAAGGUUCUUCCCUUGUUUUGAUGAUUUGAUCCAUCUAUGAUUGGUAAACAUUCUGCAUGUGACUAGUAUAGAUUUCUUUUUGUAUUGUCAUUAAUUGAUCCUUGUCGGAUUAUGACACAUGAAAUGAACUUUUAUUGCUUAAGCUGAUAUUUUGAC